CAUCCCCUCCCUCCUCUCUCCUCCAAUCUGUCUCUGUGUCCUACUAAAGCGAUUUCAGCGCAUGCAGGGACUCGUCCCUAUACGGCGGCGGAUGGCAACAUGGCGACAGAGUUCCACAACCUGCAGGAGUUGAGGCACAGUGCAUCUCUGGCUAAUAAAGUGUUCAUCCAGAGAGACUACAGCGAAGGAACCACCUGCAGGUUUCAGACCAAGUUCCCCUCUGAGCUGGAGAGCAGGAUUGAGCGCACACUGUUUGAGGACACUGUGAAGACGCUGAAUAACUACUACGCAGAGGCAGAAAAGAUAGGUGGCCAGUCCUACCUGGAGGGGUGUCUGGCCUGCGCUACAGCAUAUCUCAUCUUCCUCUGCAUGGAGACGCGCUAUGAGAAGGUGUUGAAGAAGAUAGCCAAGUACAUUCAGGAGCAGAAUGAGAAGAUCUAUGCUCCCAGAGGGCUGCUCAUCACAGAUCCCAUAGAAAGGGGAAUGCGUGUCAUAGAGAUUUCCAUCUAUGAAGACCGGGGCUCCAGUGGCUCCAGCUCGGGGAGCAGCUCCGUGUCCGGCAGUACCGCCCGAUGACUGGGUUCUUCCUAAAAACCACGUCCCCCCUGAUCACUCUCAACCCUGGAGGAGAAUUUAGGACAAUGAUGCUACUUCUGCUCCAACACUCUAGCUACACUCACACAAAGGAUUCCCUAGCAUUUAUCAAGUUAUGUUGCGCCCGAACCCACGCUAAGUUUGUUGCAAAGCAUUGUGCAUGCGCCGACACAGUCAUGUUACUGUACGAUGCAAUGUCUCAGUUCUUUUGCUAGUAAUACUUUGUGUGAUCGUACCGUUAUCAUCCUUCCUGUCCUCUUUGAAGUUACCACAGCUAUGUGUAAUCUGGUGGGUGAGAAAAGGAUGGAAGGAUGUGAGAGGAAGAGGGAGGGAGGAAGUGUUGAGGCAGGAGUGAAGACCACAAGCCUCACCAAACCUCAUACCUCAGCUGCACCACAACGGACCAAACUGGACUGAACUCCACCAUCAACCCUGCACACCAGACGCUGGCUUUAAAAAACGUUAUCUGUAGCUCCGGCUGAGUUUCCAGACUUUAGCAAAUGUAACUAGGAUGUAGAAAGUAUUGAAAGGCAUCACAAAGUUUCACCCACCCAGAUAAACCCUUCACCUCUGAUGUAAAUCAUGAUGUCUGGUAGCAGAUGAAUGUCAUUCAGCCUGUCCAUGUAUUUCAUGUAGCAGAUCUUCCAUAUUUCUCACACAAAGCCUAUAUUUUCUUUGUUAGACACGCGCACUAAGUACUAACCUCGUGGUUUCAAAAAGUGAAACCAACUAUUCCUAAAUUUGGAUUAUGCAAAGACAUACUGUGCAUUAAGUGCAGUACUAAGUAGACAACGGAUGGGUCAAAAAGUCUUCCUGAAUCUUUUACCUGUAGUGUUUUAAAGUACAGCAACCCUUCCUUGAUUCCUGAACAAACUUCCAAAGAACAAUAACUGCCAAAAACUGGCUCACAAAUGUGAAUGUGUCUUUUAUUUUGGUGACAUUUUGUGCAAAGAACAAACUUUCGUACUGCUUGUUGUUUGAUACACGUGGCAAUGAGGUGUGUAUGACUGGCGUCAAAUAAAUACUGUCUCAUCACAGCUGCA